AUGUCCUGCCCACCCACGACACCGCGUCAAGCGGCACGCCGAGCUCGUUACGAAGAGAAGUUCGGCGUCAGGCCCGAUGAAUCGCCCACGCGCAUGAGUCGAAGCGCAAGUGACAGCGGACAGCUAACUCGUGUAUCCUCAGAACAUGUGCUUCGUCCUGCUUCCUCAAGCUGGAGCAUGGGGCUUCGAGGCUCUGCGUCCGUUCCAGCCUUUCGUGCCCGUUUCGAUGGUGGCAGAUCUUCUUCGGCAUCAGCGACGACAAACUCUCUUCUGUCAGCCCCGAAUGCUGGCAAUGUGAACGCUGGUGGACCUGUUCACAUCAACGGAUUCAACGGACCCAAGAAGCCCUCACCCACCCCGUCACUCAAGCGCGACAAGAUCCAGAGGCUCAUCAAGGAACACGGGUCCCCUCCUGGACUCCGCGUCACUGCCGGUGGUCGCAUUGUGCCGCACGACAUGCCAGCCUUGGGAAGCCCUCAGUACCCUGUCAACAGCAACAGCUGCAAGAUGGGCGAAUGGACCUUCGCCGGUGCCCGUGGCACUCCAAUGCAACGCACCACCUCGCAGCCGCCGUACUUGCGCCGCGCCUCGGACGCUGUUCCUCCGCCCGUUUUCGAACCGAUGAGCCGCUCGAACAGCUCCAACACUGCUGUGAACACUACCAUUCCGGCUUAUGCUCAUGGGUACAACUCUGGCUUCAUGCCUCUCUUCUUCCCUGGCCCACAAUUUGCAUUUGCUCAGGCUCCGACAAAGUCCUUCAACGUACCUACGCCGGCUACCAACAGCACCAACAAUAGCACUGCGAAGGCAGAUACUGUUGAGCUACGCAAGAUGCUGGAAAAGCUACAUACUGAUCAGAGGAACCUGGAGAGAGAGAUGGUGAUCCGCGAGGGCAAUCUGACUGCUGAGGAGCGUCAGAGCAUGGUAGAACAAAAGGUCCAGAUGGUCAACGAAUCCGACCGAAUCCGGAAGGAUAUCAAGCGUCUGGAGUCUGGUGACUCCUCCGGCUCUGGUUCUUCCGAGCAGCAGAGACCCGCAAUUCCGCAGCCUUCAGGUUUUGUCGCCACUCAAGUCGGACAGCAGCCUGCUUUGAAUCCUUACAUUUUCUCCAACGGGCCCGCCGGCUUUAUUCCCUUCGCCCCUGGAAGCCAAUUUCCUCCUCCAUAUAUGUUUCCCAACGUGGUACCGUUCCAAGGCUUCACUUCCCUUGAUGGCACAUCGACCACUCCGGAGGGCGAAGGCAUUGUCCCUGCCGCGGACAAGGCAGCCAAGAAGGAUACCCAGGAGGAAGGUGACAAGCAGGAACAGCAGACGAAGCCAGCAGCUCACGCUCCUCGUCGUUCGCAUGCACUGGAGAUCAAGGAUCCGAACAAGUCAUCUGAGCAGAAAGUCACAAGCAAAAGGUCUGCACUGGAUCCCACAAGCCCAGCAUACACUCCUCAGAAGAAGUCGAAGUCGGAGGCGAGCCACGAAGAUUCGUCGCUUGUUUUUGUGCCACCGUCGCCUUCACCGAUUGCUUCUCCAUACCGGGAUGCGACUUUCGCAGCUCACUUCCCUUGGCUUUGCUCUAAUAAUGCGGAAGACAAGAAGAAUGGCAGUACCACCAGGAUCAGCCCCGAGCACUCGGUCACGUCUUCUGCACACCGGCCAAGUGCAUCCAGCAUCAACACGGCUGACUUUUUCCCGAACAAUCCACAAGAGCAUUCCUCGGCCAGCUACAAUGUCAGGAAGAACAUGCAAGCUCGACAGGUCACUCCCGACAGAACGCAGCUUCCCUGGACCAAUGUCUUCACGAGCCCCGAGGAGGGCCAUCACCUCCUUCGAGCCCCUCAAGUCUCACCCAUUGAUGGUCCAUCCGUGAGGGCUGACUCUGCUCUGGGUACGAGCCAGGCGGAAGGUUUCUUCGCCCGCAAUACGCAACUUCGCGUCCCACAGAACGCUUCCAGGCCGGAUACCGAUGACAAGGUCUCGUCUACGGGCGUUCGUGCAUGGUCAAGAGCUGAGUCAACCCGGAUCUCGGUUGCCCCACCUUCAUCUAUGGGACAACUCGACUUCAGGAACAAGUCUGUCACUUUCUUACUUGGAUUCUCGGCUGGUCUGUCUGGGCAGCCUAUUCAGGGAACCGAGGACGUUGACUACAUGCAAGGCUGGGCGCAGGGACUGCUUUCAGCGAAGCAGUCAAACUCUCGUCAGCCAAGCGAAAGCAGUGCGUCCCCCGUGUCGGAAGAACAGUGCCAGCCACGUCAGAGGCAAUUCAGCGAACAGCGUCAGAGCAGCUUUCUACACCCCGAGUCUAUCACCUAUCGCCGCGACGACAAUAUGCCGCUUCCAACAGGCUACAUGCAGCUGUCCGCGACCCCAAUGCACAAAGGCUCUAGCGCAACCUUGAAGGCCGCUCCAUCUAGCUCUCAAGACUUUCGUCCUGUCGCUGCUCGCUUUGAGUCUAUGGGGACCAACAGGAGCAUUGCUUCCAGCAUGGGCGUCGGACCUGCAACUGUUCCGACUACUUUCCGGACAGUCAGCGCUGAGACGGAUAAGACCAUCACUGAAAAGAUCGACUCCAUGGUGACGGCACAACAGACGCCUAUGACGCACCGCUCAGGAAACGAGGGAGAUGAGAUGAGGGCCUCUGAUCGCUCCAGUCAAUCUCCUUCCAAGCUCGCUAGAGUCUUUUCCGGUCAGUCCGUGGCAAGCCAGGGUCAGCAGAAGCUCAAUCGCAGUUUCAACCUGAACUGUCUUGGUGACCAGCGCGAACAGGCACGUCACAGCCGCACCUCGUACGACGGCGCGGGGGACGGCGAAGACGAAGCUGGAAACACGCAGACAUCAGAGACGAUGAACGCACGUGUUUCUCCUUCCAAAGCCUCAGCGUUCAUAGACUCUCCAUCAGUCUCGACCGGGUCCCCGAAGAAAUUAUCGAAGGCGGCCAUGAAGAACAAGUUCGAAGAGGUCGCCGGAAAUGCUGCUGGCGCCGGAAAGAGCAAGAAAGGAGGGAAGAAUAAGAAGCCAGGGAAUUACGAGGCAGAUGACCCGGGCAAGAUGUCUCGCGACGAAAAGAAGAACUGGAAAGAGAUGUGGAAGAGGCGGUUCGAGGACAUCAGGAACGAGGAACAACGGGAGAUUGACCGCUACCGGGCGCAGAACCCGCUUCAGCCCUGA